AUGGGAAUUUUAAAUGCAACAGUUUCCACAUGGAAAGGUAAGUUGGAGUUGUCACUGGACUCACGUCAGUCCAGCUCUAUAUUGUGAGAACAAGUAUUGGAUUAGAUUUCACAUUGAAAACAUGUAUAUAGAAAACAUAUUAUUGUGUAUAUUAUUUUUGUGUACACACAUUUUAUAUAUUUAGUGUAAGAGAAGAAAUGUAACAUUAAAUUCCAUAUUUUAUAAUUAUAAUUUCCUGGGGAACAAAUCUUUAUAAAUAUUAAGCAUUGGAGUAAUUGAAACAUUUUACCAAGUGUCGGAAUAUUAAACUGAUGAGCAAUAUAUAACUUCAUUUCUCCUAUGCAUGUGAUCAUGUUUUGCAAAUAAAUAAAGUAGCCAAUUGUGAGAAGACAGCGCUUUCACCAUUGUAAUAUGUUAUCUAUAUGUGAUAAAUCUCUGGUAGCCAUCUGGUAUAAAUGUCAUAAAAUCUAAAACAUUGCUCAACAUCUAUUAAGCUAUUGUAUAAAUCUAACAUAUCACACUGUUCAUUCAGUAAACAUAGUAAAAAAUAUCCACUUACUAUAUGUGAUAUUUUCUCUAUAAAAAUAUGACAGGCUGAUUGUCUAAUGAAGGAAUAGGCAACCUUUGGAAUUCCAUACAUUGUGGACCAUGAUGCUUUGUCAGCAUUGUCUGUAAUAGCAUUUUGGGAGAAGCAUUCCACAACAUCUGGAGAGCAAAAGGUUGUGUACCCCUGGUUUAAUGGGUUGUAGACAAUUACUAUAUUGGCUUAACAUCUUGGUUUGACAUGGUCUGUCUUCAAAGUGACACCAACAAUUGAUUUUUUUUAUUUUUUAGGAGAAGGGCCAUUCAAUUAUCUACCAAUGUUAAACGUUUACACAAUGUGUGAGGAUAACCAGACUCAAGUCCCAGAGUUUCUGCUCUUGGGGUUUCAAGGUUUCUACCAUCUAAAAGGUCUUCUCUUCAUGCUGUUCCUAAUAAUCUACACUGCAAUACUGUGUGGAAAUCUUCUCAUCGUCGUACUGGUGACAACUAUUGACCAUCUCAAUGUUCCAAUGUUUUACUUCCUCAAACACUUAGCUUUAGCUGAUUUGAUACUCACCACAAGCGUUAUGCCACUUACACUAAAUAUUAUAAUAAUGGAAGAGAGGAGAGUGCCUCUUGCUGGCUGUUUAACUCAACUCUAUGUUUUUGGCGUUUUUGGUUUUGUGCAGUGUUUACUCCUUGCAGUAAUGUCCUAUGAUAGAUACGUAGCAAUUCGCAAACCAUUCAGUUACACUUUAAUAAUGACUCCUAAUGUUUGUCUCUCACUGGUUUCUGGCUCCUGGUUGCUAGUUUUUAUUUUAGCAUCUGGUGAAUUUGUGAUAAUUUGCCAGUUAAAGUAUUGUAGUCUCAAUUAUUUAGACCAUUUCUUUUGCGACUUUGGUCCUGUAGUAGCACUAUCUAUAUCUGACACAUCACUUUUAAUGACAUUGGACUUCGUCAUCUCAGUCAAUAUGAUAUUUGUCCCAUUUGUUUUUAUUGUCAUCACGUACAUUUUAAUUUCAUUUACAUUUAUUAGCAUUUCUUCUAAAACUGAAAGGAGAAAGUUCAUCUCCACUUGUAGUUCCCACAUAAGCACUGUGUGCACUUAUUACGUAACUCUUAUAGUAGUUUACAUAGCUCCAUAUGGGGAAAACUCUGUCAAUAUGAAUAAGUUCAGAUCUUUGUUGUACAUUUUAGGGACACCAUUAGCGAAUCCUAUAAUAUAUAGUUUUAGAAACCAAGAAAUUAGGGCAGCACUGGGAAAACUAUUUAAAUAUAUUAUCAUAUCCCACUGAGCAUAAUAUAAAUAAUUGUAGGAGAACAGUGAGGGACAAUCUGUUUAUUCAACUGUGAGACAAAUAAUUACCUUUUACUCUAUGUAUGUAUAUGUUCAAUAUGUCUGUAUUUGAAAAAUAUAAACUAAAUUCCAGUUAAAACUUUUUGUUAACAUUUUUUGCCUGUGAAAAUUUUAUAUAUUCAGAUAAAUAUUAAAAACUAAUUUAAAAUAGAUACAAGUAAAAUGGGGGACGGUUGUAUCUAAGUAUCACCAGGUAAAAGUAGUAUAAUAAUGGGGUAAAAUUAAUAUUGUUUUAGUUGUCAUGGAAAUAGUAAAUUUUUUAAAAUAUUGCCGCAAACAAUCAUACACUGUGCGACUCUCAACUAGGUAGCACCCUGUUAGGCCACCUGAGUGACUGCAGCUAGAGGUGUUACUAUGCAUGAAUGUAAACAAUGUCUUAUCACUGAAAAGGCAGUGUUUUUAGUGCUAAUAAUCCAGGUACAGUCUAUAGACAGCAGAACCACUACAUUAAGCUGUAUUGUUCAGGUGACUACAGCGUCCCUUUAAAUGUCAUUGUGAAUUCAUUUUGAAUUCCAGAUAAAGCAAUAUGCUGUAUCAAUUGAAUGAUUUGCCCGUAACUUAACAGAGCAGAUCUUAUUUUCAAACCCUGUACAUAGAGUGACAUCAUCUAUGCAUAAUUUCCAUUACCUAAUGAUCUAAUUGAUGUCAUGCAUAACGGGGGUCUAAAACCCAAAGCACCUCAUGGACAAAAAAUGCCACGAUUUGUUUUUCUGAUGUAUUCAUGCAUUUCGUCGAUCAGCAUUUUUUUUUUCCUGAAGCUGCAAUAUCCAUUUUUUAAAAUGGAAUGUUCUAUCCACCUAAAAUGUCAGAU